UAUUGAGAAUAUUAUAUUGAUAAUCUAUAUUGCCAUUAAGGAUGCAAUAUAUAUUUACAUUAGUACAAUUAAUUGUCCGAAAUCUCCAAAGAUAUGAUCUACACAUGUAGAUGCAUUCGUGUGUGGAAUACUUUAUAAAGCAUGCGCACGUGUGCUUGUACGUAAUUACAGCAUACAUGCUUUGUGGUUCUACCUUUUAUUUAGAAUAACAUUCAACAAUUUAAAAAAACAGGGGAACAUUGCGUAUUCGGAGUUUGCGAAGAAUAAAAUAAAAUAAAAAAUGAGUUUUAGAGUUUUAGUAGUAAGUACUGUAAUUUCAGCAAAAAUAUUACCGAAUACUAUUUUCUUAGAUAAAUAUAGAAAACUUAGAGCUACAUAUAGGUUUGAUGGAACUGAACGGCCAAUUUCCAAAUCAUUGAUGCAAAGAUUUUAUGACGUUUUGAAUGAUUUAAAUGUAUCAGCAAUGAUAAGAACACGAAUUAAAGUAUUCAGUGUUCAUGAUAUAAGUACAUUUCAUGCUGGAACAACAAUGUCAUCUUAUGGUGGAUUAAUUGGAAUCCCACCAAACUAUGAGUACGAAAAUGUUGAGGAUGCAAGCGUAGGUCAAAUAGAGAUAGAAAAUAAAAAUAGUACAUGGUCUGAAGAAACUAGAGAGAAAUUUUUAGAAUGUUUAGUACUCUCAGAAAAUGCUCAAAAGUUUGCGAUAGCUCGAGAAGUCUUAAACGUGCAACGACCAGAAAUUUGGGUUGAAACAUUUAUUACAGGCAUGGAUUGCUUCAUUAUGUUUAUGAUAUAUGACGCAAUUUAUAAGACAGGAAAUUUUGCUAAGAAGUCAAGGAUGGCUAAAUUAGGACUUCAGGUUUGGUUGGGUCUAGUGACUCUUUUUAUGUGUUUGAUGACAAAACAGGCACUAGAAUAUCAUGCUGAUGGAGAAAUUACAGAAGAGUUGGCCAAAUUAGGGCCUGAAUAUAUUCAAGGUGGUAAAGAAUUUUAUGAGAAAUUAUGUGAACUACAGGACAUCAAGAAUAAAACUAGUGCAGGAUAUUUCAAACAACAGUGGAUGAGAAACAAAUAUUUAAAUGAUGCUAAUCAAAAAGAGUUCUUGACUUUAAAAUUACAAGAGUUGGAAAACGUUACAAUGUAAUAUGUUUUAAUUAUACUGAAUAAAUUUAGUACUGAAAUUA